CCCUCCCUCUGUCCCCUCCCGCGAGCCUCGGGGUUCCUCAGCUGGCCGAGGUCGAGUCAGUGUCAGUCAGGGAGGCGAACUGCCGAGCACUGGCCGCGGACGCUCAGUUGCAGUCUCGCCCAGGGGCAGGUACCUGCGCUCGCGCCGCCGGGUGGAAAGGAUGAAGCCGCAGCUGGAGCAGCCACCCUAUGAUUGGCUGUGGCGCUUGUGAACCCAAAGUAAAGAUGGCGGGCAGGCAGGCAGCCGCCGCACUGCCCACUUGGAAGAUGGCGGCGCGCCGCAGUCUCAGCGCCCGCGGCCGGGGGGUCCUGCAGGCGGCUGCGGGGCGGCUGCUGCCGCUGCUCCUGCUGAGCUGCUGCUGCGGCGCGGGCGGCUGCGCAGCGGUGGGCGAGAACGAGGAGACGGUGAUCAUCGGGCUGCGGCUGGAGGACACGAACGACGUGUCGUUCAUGGAAGGGGGGGCGCUGCGGGUGAGCGAACGGACCCGGGUCAAGCUGCGGGUGUACGGGCAGAACAUCAACAACGAGACGUGGUCCCGCAUCGCCUUCACCGAACACGAGCGGCGGCGCCACAGCCCGGGGGAGCGCGGGCUGGGGGGCCCCGCGCCGCCGGAGCCGGACAGCGGCCCCCAGCGCUGCGGCAUCCGCACCUCAGACAUCAUCAUCUUGCCCCACAUCAUUCUCAACCGCCGCACCUCGGGCAUCAUCGAGAUCGAGAUCAAACCGCUACGCAAGAUGGAGAAGAGCAAGUCCUAUUACCUGUGCACGUCGCUCUCCACGCCCGCCCUGGGUGCCGGCGGCUCGGGAUCCGCGGGUGGCGCCGUCGGGGGCAAGGGCGGCUCGGGGGUGGCCGGGCUCCCGCCACCCCCGUGGGCCGAGACCACCUGGAUUUACCACGACGGCGAGGACACCAAGAUGAUCGUAGGCGAAGAGAAGAAGUUCCUGCUGCCCUUCUGGCUGCAGGUGAUCUUCAUUUCGCUGCUGCUGUGCCUGUCGGGCAUGUUCAGUGGCCUCAACCUGGGGCUCAUGGCCCUGGACCCGAUGGAGCUGCGCAUCGUGCAGAACUGCGGCACGGAGAAGGAGAAGAAUUACGCCAAGCGCAUCGAGCCGGUGCGCAGGCAGGGCAACUACCUGCUGUGCUCACUGCUGCUGGGCAACGUGCUGGUCAACACCACGCUCACCAUCCUGCUCGACGACAUCGCCGGCUCGGGCCUCGUGGCCGUGGUGGUCUCCACCAUCGGCAUCGUCAUCUUCGGGGAGAUAGUGCCCCAGGCUAUCUGCUCCCGCCACGGCCUGGCUGUGGGGGCCAACACCAUCUUCCUCACCAAGUUUUUCAUGAUGAUGACCUUCCCCGCUUCCUACCCGGUCAGCAAGCUGCUGGACUGCGUCCUAGGCCAGGAGAUAGGCACCGUCUAUAACCGGGAAAAACUGCUGGAGAUGCUCCGGGUCACCGACCCCUACAACGACCUCGUUAAGGAGGAACUGAACAUCAUCCAAGGGGCGCUGGAGCUCCGCACCAAGACGGUGGAGGACGUGAUGACCCCACUCCGGGACUGCUUCAUGAUCACUGGCGAAGCCAUCCUGGACUUCAACACCAUGUCUGAGAUCAUGGAGAGCGGCUACACCCGCAUUCCAGUGUUUGAAGGGGAGCGCUCCAAUAUCGUGGACCUGCUGUUCGUCAAAGACUUGGCCUUCGUGGAUCCAGAUGACUGUACUCCCCUGAAAACCAUCACCAAAUUUUAUAACCACCCCUUGCACUUUGUUUUCAAUGACACCAAGUUGGACGCUAUGCUGGAAGAAUUUAAGAAAGGUAAAUCCCACCUGGCUAUCGUGCAGCGGGUAAACAAUGAGGGAGAAGGAGAUCCGUUUUAUGAAGUUCUGGGAAUUGUCACCUUAGAAGAUGUGAUUGAAGAAAUCAUCAAAUCUGAGAUUCUAGAUGAAACAGAUUUAUACACUGACAACAGAACAAAAAAGAAAGUAGCUCACCGGGAACGAAAGCAAGAUUUUUCUGCCUUUAAGCAGACAGACAGCGAGAUGAAGGUUAAAAUAUCACCACAGCUCCUCCUGGCCAUGCACCGUUUCCUAGCAACAGAAGUAGAAGCAUUUAGCCCAUCCCAGAUGUCAGAGAAGAUCCUUCUAAGGCUGCUAAAGCACCCCAAUGUCAUCCAGGAACUGAAGUAUGAUGAGAAGAACAAGAAAGCCCCUGAAUACUACCUCUACCAGCGCAACAAGCCAGUAGACUACUUCGUUCUCAUUCUGCAGGGGAAAGUGGAAGUGGAAGCUGGGAAAGAAGGUAUGAAGUUUGAAGCGAGCGCCUUCUCAUACUACGGCGUGAUGGCCCUGACAGCCUCUCCAGUUCCUUUGUCCCUGUCUCGUACCUUUGUUGUCAGCAGAACAGAGUUGUUAGCAGCAGGUUCUCCAGGUGAAAAUAAGUCCCCUCCUCGCCCAUGUGGCUUGAAUCACUCAGACUCCCUCAGUCGAAGCGACCGGAUUGACGCCGUCACACCAACACUGGGGAGCAGCAAUAACCAGCUCAAUUCUUCGCUCCUCCAAGUCUAUAUCCCCGAUUACUCGGUGCGAGCCCUUUCGGAUCUACAGUUUGUUAAGAUCUCAAGACAGCAAUACCAAAAUGCCUUGAUGGCAUCCCGGAUGGACAAAACCCCUCAGUCUUCAGACAGUGAAAACACUAAAAUCGAAUUGACUCUUACGGAGCUGCAUGACGGGUUGCCAGACGAGACAGCCAACCUGCUCAACGAACAGAACUGUGUGACGCACAGUAAGGCCAACCACAGCCUGCACAAUGAAGGCGCCAUCUAGGCCGCACUGGCUGCACCCGCCCAGGCCUGCACCCACCCACUCCCGAGGGCCCGGCCCCGUCUGCCCAUGACUUCACUGGUGUGAGCUUGUCUGCCAUGCUGCACCCUGCAACAUCCUGAGACCAAAGACCUUGUGCCCUUCCCAGGAGCCGCGGAGGACGACGGUGAGGGAGGAAUGGAAACUAGAAAUAUGAAGUUGGCGGCCGGGGCAUGGCGUUCAAGAUUUUGGAGAUGAACUGAUUCCGCCCAAAUAGAAUCAUGUUUAUUUUUUCAGCUCUCCCUUUCAUCGUUAUUCACGCUCUCUGCCCUCGAUUUGCAUGAAGUUGAAAAUUGUUGCGAUUUAUUUUUUCAAGAGAUCAUGUUUUUAAAGUGUCUUUUGCAGAGUUUUAAGUUGUUCUGUCUGAACUCUGCUGUGAUCCCAUGAUGUGACCCUAAUAGGCUGGACUUGCCCCUCCGGUAGCCUUCCUUGGCCCUCCCAGGGAGGAGCACCCUUCCUCUGUGCCCCAGUGGGCAUCACUGUCGAACUCGCUGGCUGAAUGAAGAAGACCGUGUUACUGCAGAACCUGCCAAGUGUGUCAUCACUGUGGGGUGUAGCCUGCCUCAGAGGGACCUGCAGUCGCCUCUCUGAGCUCAGUGGUAUUUUGAGAAGUUAAUGUUUAACUGUACCCCUUUCCCUCAGGAAGAUUUAACAUUUGCUUGGGAAUGUGAUUUUGCUCCCACCCUAAGGAAUUUUUAUCACCAAAAUGAAUAUUAAUGAAUUUAAAACCCAUGGUUUAUCAUUGGCAAGAGGCAAGUUGACUUCAUCCUGUCAUUCCAGCCUGGGGUCUCCCAGCCAGCCCUCCUCCCUGACCCAGUGCCCAAGCUCACAGAGUGUCGCCGCCCACCUCCCUGGGCCUUGCUCUUGUUAACCCAAGAUGCUGCUACACAGAUGCCAAAUGGAAAUCUUCCACGGGGCUGUUCAGUAAACACAUGAUGUGGAGUGCAAGCUCCUCCCCUUCCCGCUAGGACAUACGUUAACAGAAAAGGAGUCGGACCUUCUAGCUGCACUCUACUGUGUGCCGGGAAGGCAUUUCUAGACCCAUGUUUUUAAAGGAGGGAACUUUGGGGAUUGCCAGCCCCUGCUCCUCCUCCCAGGGAGCCAACUGUCCCUCCUCCCCUGUCCCUGGGCCCAUGGGGCCCAGGAGAGUGGCUGUGUCCCCUGCCUGAGGGCCUCUGCCUCCUCCCUCAGAUGCGGCCCAUGCCAGAGAGGCUGCCUGUACAGCCAGGGUCAGUGUGGCCCCAAACAGGGAUUCAGAAACCAAAUGCGUGUUGUGGCCAUUUUAUGUGUGUCUCCGUCUUAUUUUAAUACCAAAUUCAUCAUGUAGUGAAAUUAUGUCAGGAGGUAUUUGAGUGACUGAAUUCUUAACUAUAGCUUAUCUGUGUUUUGUUAGCCCGAGGGAUAUGUGCAGGUUGUUGGCGCUAUUCAUACACUGAAAUGAAAUCAUACUGACCAGUGUACACACGAGAUGAUCAGUCCUCGCCGCAUCCAUCACUAGGAAAGGAGAGAGCGUUUUCUGUUUAGGCUCACUGCGCGGAGGGAGGCCUUGGCUAAGCAGCAGUAUUCUGCUCCCUACUCCAGGUAGGAAGUCUGUUCAGCCACGGCUGGGCUGUGUGCAGGGCAGGGAGCGUGGCUGAGGAGCAGACAGCAGCGGGCAGCCUGGUGAGUCGUUUGGUGCCUCACGUGUCGCGCAUGCCCGGCUCAGUAUUUCCUCUGGGAUGUCAGUCCUGGAGUGUCUUCCUCAGAAGGUGCCAUGCCCCUUAGUAGGGGGAAGUACUGAUCUCACUUGGUGUAGAGGGUGCUGAGUGGCCUGCUACUGGCAUGCAACCUGCCCCCGUGGGAUGAAGCCCCACUGUGUAGCUUGACCUUAGAGGGGAGCCCACUCUAAGCAUCCUUUUUUUAAACAGAGCCAUCCAAAUAUAAAAGUCAGUUUCUUAAGAUGCCUGUCCCUGAGCACAGCACCAGUGUGAUGAGUGUCUAAAGAUGAGGAGUCCCUGCAACAGAGCAAAGCCUGGCCCAUCCUGGGGGAGGGUGUCUGUCCCCCGCUUCGGGCCUGUGCAGUGCUGGCCUUCCCUGAGCGGUGGGGAGUCAGGCCCGCCUAGCCCGGCUUCUCUGGCCUCAGGAGCUCCGCCCUGUCAACCUGCCCGGGCUCACAUCUGCUUCUCCACACAGUCUGUCUCAGGGAUGCCUUGCUACUGGGAGAGCCUCUGGAAUCAGAGCUAGUGUGUUGGUGCCCUUUUCAGAGCUCUGCUGUUCCUUUAUAAAUCCUAAAGCACAGUCUGGGAAGAGGAGAGGGGAUGCCAGCUGCUGCCUCUGACUUGAGGGAGAAGCAGACUUCUUCAUACUGUCUUACCUGCUCGGCGUGACGGCUUCUUGCAAAUUAUUCUCUUAUAAAAGAGCUUGGCAGGAGCGGCUCAUCAGUGGGGCUCCCAAAGUUUGAAAUUUUAACUGCCAAGUUCGUAUUCGUUUUCUGUUAUUCUUUACCUUCUAUUAGUCACACUAUUUGAUAACAUUAAGGAAUCUAAAAUCCUGUCAGGUCCCUGAAGGAACGAAGGUUAACAUCUCUAGGGAGAGCAUAGGACCCUUCAAACAACACUCAUGUCUGAGCAACCAGAUUCCUCUUCCAGGCCCCACUUUCCCUCAGGAAACCAACCUUUCGGAGGGUUGGAGGAGAAACGCUGGGCUCUUGCUUGUCUGGGGCAGCAGGAGAAUGACUUUGGCUUGGAAGGCCUCUGCCAUUCAUCUCUACAAAGCCAGUGGGGUCCAGCAGAGAAAGACCGGGGAAUAGCUGCAGUCUCGAUGUGGCUGCUUUUUGGCACCUCUGCUGGACUGCCCUCCCAUGGCUGCGACCUUUCCAAGUGUGGAAAGGAGUGGGUCAGUGGGCCAGAUGCAGACCCCUGAGUUCUGGAUACUGACAGGAGGCCUCACCCUCCUUUACGGGGUCUCUCAGGGUGGGACGGGGCCUCCCCUGCUCCUGAGCAGCCACUGGUGCCCCGUGGUUCCGCUGGAACUAAAUCCCUAGCAUCCAGAUAGUCCUGGGACGCUCUGCCUUCUCUGUAAAGGAGGAGGGCUUUUCUCCUGCUGUCUUGGAGGUUCCUUCCCUUCACUGCUUAUCCCAUAUGCAUCAGGCAAAUUCGAACUCAUACAUUUAAACUCUUAGGAAAACAAAAUCUUAAGACUUACACAGAUAUUGGGGUGCUAAUCAACUAGCUUAAAUCUUGGUUCUUACAUAUUUUGAACUUGAAAGGGUACAUUGAACUCUGUUCUUUCUUCCCUCCUCACCUCGCUCCCUGCAGGGAGUUAAAUGCCAUGUUGAAGCGGUUGGCAUCCCCAAGUGGGAGGGAGUGGGGCAGCUUACCAUCUUCUAAUGUGACUUCAAGGAACAAUGCAGAUGUUGAAUGCAGAGCUCCACACUAAUAUGGAACAGUAACUGUGAGUAUAUUUACCUGUGCUGUCCUCAGCACUGUACACUAAAGGACCAGCUUUUCCAAGCCUAGGAAAAUAAUGGUAGAUACAAAUAGAAAUACAUUUUCCCUAGGAAAUGGAGCAAUAGGAAUUUGAGCUAAGCAGGAACCAUGAACUUCUGCCCUCAAAUUCUGUCUUCGGGUUGAGCAGACCUGUGUAGGCCCUGGCUGAUCAAGCCUGUGUCCUGCCUAGUGAAAACACAACCCCUCUGUCAUCUGAAAGCCAGCCGGGGAUCUGUAGCCAUCCUCGCCUUCCCUAGGCCCAGGAAGGUGAGGGCUCCUGGGCAACCAGGCUUGUCCCUGUUGUUCCCCAGGGGUGAUCUAGGCCGAUGACUCACCUGGCUGGCACAUGAAGGUGCUCACCUUGUUCUCUGGGGCUCCAAGCAAGAGCAGGCCAGGGAGGGCUGGCUUUCCACACUGUAUUACAUGACCCGAGCUCCCUGGUGGCAUGGGAAAAACUCCCCUCUGCUUUUGAGCCCAGAAUGGGCUUUUCUUUGCAAAGAGUAGAGGAGAAAUACAAGAUCGAGCUGGCAGGUUAGGGUCUGGGAGGCCUCUGAGGUACCAUUGCUUACUUCCUUACUGAGGAAACUGGCUCUUGUCCUGGGCCAUGUAGUUCCAUUCUGGGCUCUAGACUAGUGGUGCUUCUGUCCAUCAAGGGUAUCUGGGUGAGUUGUAGGUUAACCCAGAAUUAGUAGGGAUAUAGGGGUUUGAAUAGGAAAGUGAUUUGGGGAUUCAGAAAUUUUUCUGAUGUAAUUUAUCAAUGAGCAACUUCUCAGUUGAUUUUUAUACCUCAGGGUCAUUUGCAAAUCUUUUAUCUUUUCCUAUUUCUUAGGUGUUCAAGUUGGUUAACAGGAGAGAGAUGUUCAGAGACUUCUAAGUUGAGGUUCAUUUGCCUCCAUUUGAGGGGUGAGUGGUGCACCAAUAGCUUGCUGCUAUUACUCAGCAAGGCUGUGACAAGCCGGCCUUCCUCCUCUAGCACUUGCAAGCUUUCUGUCUGCAAUCACGGUUUAUUUGCCCGUUUCCCUUUUGCUACCUUCUUUCCUAUCUGGAGAUUCAUAUUCCAGAGUCCCUGGUCGACCCUACGGACGCAAAGAGGAGAUGGCAGUUCACAGCAACUGCAUAGAGCAGGGAGCAGCUUUCCUCCCACCAUCCUAGGCAGGGGACCUUCUUUGCUUCUCAGACCUGAGCUCAAGUAAGCAUGUUCUGUCUGUAUGCUAGAGCCACUGACAUCAUCUCUACUAGAAUUGUUUUAAGUAUCUUUUGAUGGGAAAUACCAGGUUGAACUUCAAGCAGCAGGGAAACAAAGGUUCUAGCUGCAAGAGAAUAAAGUUCUAGGUGUUUGUAUGCCGAGGUUUUUAUGUACACAGAUCCAAUACAUACUGUAAGAAAGUCUUGAGUACACAAGGUUUUCAGGUUUUAAUGCCCAUUGGGACCAUGAACAAAUGAGAAUGACUGGGAGCAUUGUCUUGCGUCGCUUGGAAGGAUGCCUUCUGGCAUGUACCCACAUCUGAUCCACAUGGAUUCACUUUUAGGAUGCAAUUCUUUGGGGGGCCAGAUUCCGCUGCAGAUUCAUCCUGAAGAGAACUAUCCAAUGGGCCUGGUGGGGCUUGGGUGCCUGCCCUUUUUGUUGGAGGCUCAGGCUUCAGAGCAGAGCAAAGUUGGGAAGAAUAAGGUCUUAGGAUUCUCAUUCCCCAGAGAGCCCCAGCCUUGCUUCUGAUUCAUUACUCCCCAAGUCUAAAGUCUACUGUGAAGGUGAAGUUAUCAGUUUUUUCUUGUUUCUUGAGUUCUUUAAACCCACAAAUGUAUAUGCUUUAUUUUAUAUUAUUUAUUAUGUACAUAUGCCUGUUAGUACUUCAUCUGUGACUAGGACAAGAUCUGUCUUGAAGCUUCCUCAUCCAUGGAUCCUAGGGUUCUGCUGUCCUUUAAGGCGGGUGAGAGGGUAGUGUUGUUUUUUAUAAACAGGUUGCUGCCUUUAUGUUGGCCCUAGCAUCCCCAGCCCCUUUAGUUGGGCCCACCUGUAUUCCUGAUGACAAGUGUUUUGGAUGAGGAUGGAGGCAGGUCUCCGACCUUAUGGGCAGGGCCUCUCAAGUACCUCCAUGAACUAUUUCCGAGGUGGUUUAUUGGUGACAGGCUCUCUUCCCCUAUGUAGGGUACAGUACAGCUGUGAGUCCACGGUCUCUUUCCUCCCAAGGCAGGUCACUUGCCUGGCCCCACAAUGAUAAUGGUUUCUUCUACUUACCUUGAAUUGCAUAAUCCAUCUUUCUGGAUAAUGGAAGCUGCCUGCCCAUCUGGGCUCUUAAUAUGCCUUUUCUUGGUUUUGAGGCCCAGUGCCAACAUUGACUUGGCCCUCAAGUAAGACCCUGCUUUGUGUCUGACUUCCAUCCUCCUCAGCCUUUAUUCACUGUAUCAUAGUGUACAGGUCAUGCAUUUGAGCAGUGAAGUUUUCUGAACUAGCAGUGAAGUUUUCUGAAGUAUUCAGAGCUGUGUACAUAAACCCAAAUAAGCACAAAUGACAUGUAUAGGAUUAAUGAGCUGAUUGUCAUAAUGAAUGCAUUUUAUAAUUCAUAUGAUGUUGUAGAUGUACAGUCUCUCCUAUUUAUUUUGUACCAAUUUAUUUGUAAAUUUUGUGAUUGUUUUACAAGGUUUUUGUUUAUUUCUAUUCUAUUUAGAUAAAUGAUGUUCUGUUCACCCUUCUAGCAGAUGUGUGUUCCCUCUUCCCUUUCAUCUAUGCAACACCAACCAUGCCAUUGUGUUCAGCUUGGCUGAACCCACUGCCCUGCCCACUUCCCUGGCUUUGCUGGUGGGAAAGCUGGGACUGCAUCUCAGCAUGACAACGUAGAAGAGCAUCUUCUUUGGAAGUGGGUACUAGUUCUGUGCCUCCAAGUCAUAGCCUGGUACAGCUAAUCCUAGGGGGAAGGUGUCCUCCUUUGCAAGGAUUAUAUUCUGUCCUCCAUCAGUUACUCUCUACAUAAGAACAUUCGGAGUAUCCAGUCAAAUUGCCCCAGACAUUGGCUGCUCAGUCACUAAUAACAACACACAGUGUAGCUGGGCUAAGCCGGUGUUUCCUAGGUAAGACCAAAGGCCUCAUUCAGGCCUCUCAUUUGGCUCUUAAAGACAAGGAUGGCUUUAUAGGUCCCUCCUCUGCUAUGCUAAGCCUGGGAGGAAGGUCAGAGCAGGCAUGGAUAGUCACUCUCGAGUGGAAAACAUCCAACCUGAGUGUGGCGAGGCGUGUGCAGGUGGGUCUUCAGGAUUCAGUGGACAUCCUACAUUCCCCAGUAAUCGGUGUGUAUGAUACACAUUCUUUUCCAUCACCACUUUGUCUUCUGUUUCUUCUUACCAUCCUCACUCACAUGUGACCAGUCCCUGAAGAACAUAUGGUGGAGCUUCAGGGACCCUCUGUGAUCCAUUCCUAAACCACAUCUUUUUGGAAUCCCUUUUUUUCUCUCCACUCUUAGUCUCUAUUUUACAUUCCAAAGAGGAUCGUGCUCUGAUAAUUUAGCCUCUUGACUGGUCCAUUUAUAGUCCCCACUGAAUUUAUUUAACUGUGGCAUUUGUAGUCUUUUACUUACACUUGUCCUGUGGAUGGAGACAUUUCAGGGAAGAACUGCUGACAAGAGUUGGCUCUGAGAUGCUGCCUGACCUAACUUACCACUCCCAUCUCCCCAGGCAUCACCCAACUACCUGAAUAUAGCCCAGUGAAAUGCCAGCUUCGGACCCUGCUUGCUUUCCUUAGAAGCAGGGCAGAAAGGGGCAGCAGAGCUAGGGAAAGAAGUCACGGUAGCACAUUCACUCCCAGCCUGCUGCCUUGGUUGGUUUUUCCUGUUUUACUCACUUGGUCUAGAUGAGCCCUUAGCUCAAAACAGGAAAUGCUCCAAGGAAAAUGGAGGCAAUUUUUCCUGCUGUCAAGAUGAGAUUUGCCUAAAAUUCCCCCCUUGCAUCCUCACAGUGCGCACAUAUCCGCUCAUUUCUAAACUUUAUUGUGAUGUACCCCAGGGUUUCUACUGCACAAAAAUUGUGCUCCCUAGAGCCGUUUCUCAACUCAGCAAUUCACGAGGAAACAAAUAUUGAUCAGAGUCUUGUAGAGAAAGUGGUAAAAACUGACCUUUUUAUAGCCUGGAGUUGAUUUCUAGGAACUUAUUUUAUACUUUUUGAAGGUAAUUUAAUAAAGAGAUGAUUCUUUAUUAAAGCCAAAAAGUUGAAUUCUGUUAGAUGGCUAAUAAACUCUCUUGCUUUCUUUGUAUGGUGGUUUUGUCAUUUUCCCUCCAAGGGCCUCAUAUCUGUGCUAUUUUCAAGCAGUCCCAGAACAAAGGGAUGAUUUUAGGGCCCUUUUCUCUGACUUUCUGCUGGCAUGCCAUCUCCCCUAGUGGAUGACUGAGGACUGAGGAUGCCUGUUUCUAAGGGAGAAUUAGUUGCCCGACUUCUCUGAAGUGCUUUUCCUGUCAGGGUAAUAGUAACUGUGCAGUGUUCAAACAGGAGGCCAACACGUGACAGGAAUUUUUAGAUUGGGCCAGCUUUCCUACUGCAAUUCUCCGAAGUCAUUGACUUGAGGUCAGGGGGUUGUUCAAAAUACCCACACCCUCAGGUCAAAGAUGACCUCUGGUGAGAACACCCUCUCAAAGACUGGACACUGAAGAAACAUUUUUCAGUGUGGGGAAGGUUUGCUUGACAAAUCCUCUUUCCAAGUAUCUCAAGAACUUGUGAGACGUGGAAGGACUGUUGCUGCCUUUUGUGGGAAAAUGUGUGCUCAGCUGCUUGGUCUCCAAUUUGUGUGGGAGAGUUUAUCUCAGGCCUUGUCUACUCCCCUGGCCAGACAUGGCUUUGGGAAGAGCUCUGUGGGAGACCAGAACAUCUGGGGACGUAUUUGUACCUAGUUAUUUUGUGUGAAGAAACAAGGGGACCAGAUUCAAAACUCGUCAUUGUGUUUUAAAUUGGAAAACAGAUUCCUCAGCCUUACAGUAAACAGUCAGCAAGUUUGAGAGGAAAUGUGUGUUCAAUGGGGAGUACUUUUUUUGUGUUAAAGCUCUACAGAGAAACUUCUGUAUAUAUUUUAUUUUUGAGAUCACACACCUCUGUUGGAACCAAUCAGACUGUUGUGGCCUUGGGAUGAAGACACUGUGUCUGAGGACAGGGAAAAAUGGUUGAGAAAUCCAGGGUAAAGAACAGAAGAGCUUUUUACUCAUUCUAUAAAUGAACGUGCUGCCUGUUUAAAGGACUCACUUUCUGCUGCUUCCAGAUACCUAGCAGUGCGAGAACUGUGUGGUGUGCUGCAUUCCUGUUAUGGGAGGUGCGUGAUGGGCAGUGUGGGUUUCUGGAAGUCACCUGUUUCUACUUUCUGGCUGCCUGUGCCUGUGGUCAUCCCUGCUCCUUGGCGGUAGUGCAUGUUUUUCUUUUAUCUUCAGGGUUGCUCUGGUAGCUCCAUGGUAGAGAUUUCAUUCUCAGGGCCUCCCAAAAGUUGUGUAUCAUUUGAAAUUGUUCCAUUUGAGGAAAAAUUUUAAGAAAAGCUGAAUUCCCUGAUCACCACUAAAGAUCGUCAUGAGAAACAUAAGUAUCUGAGCCCUAAACUACUAAGCCCAGUGAGGAAUUGCAGCGUUAACUGUAUGGCAAUAGCUAGAUCAUAGUUACCAUUUUUCCCACCAUCAAAGAGAGAUUAAAUAGUUUCCAUAACAUGGAAUGUGGAUAAGGUUCCUACCCUAAUACAGACUUAAAUAUGCAGUUGUUUGUCUCAGGCUAUUUGUGGUGAAUAAGCAGAGUAUUUAUUUUAAAAUGACCAGGCAGCCUUGGAAAAAUCGUUGGGCUUUAAAGUUGUUGACAAAGUAUUUCUUAAGUAAAUACAUCUGAUUUAGAAAUACCUAAACAUGGACAAAAUACUUUUAAGUCUGACAUGCAACUGCAUGUGGCUUUUUAAAGUGGUUUCUUAACAAUGCUAACGUGACUUAAGGAGUUGUAGUUCUAUUAAAAACCACUUCUAAAAGUAUCUUAGAAAGGAUAGCUUGAAGGGUUUGCCUUAUUUUAGGUCUCAGCAGAGGUAUGCUUAUAGCAAGAGAAAAAUCUUAGGUCUAAGUAGAACACUAAACUUUCUUGGCUGUGACCAACUUUUCUGAAGUUCACCAUCAGAGUUUUCACUGACGACUAUCUUUGCAGAGAUGAAUGAAUGUACUGGGCAAUUCCUCUCCCCAAGGAAACCCAGCAGGGCCUGGGUCUGCUGUACCACUGACCAACUGCUGGGGACACUAGGGUCCCUGUUAGUACAUGCUGUAAGGUUGGAAGUUCAGUCUAGCACUCAAGAAGGGGUUGCCUGGUGUUCUACAAUGCCUGUAAAUAGUGUUUUCAAAAUGCCUGGGAAAAAAUUCUCAAAAGAGAUGGCAGAAUGGUCUUCUCAUGGUGUAAAACGCCUCAGGAUUUUUUUUUUUUUUUUUUUAAGGAAAAAACUAUACCUUUUAAGUUCGGCUUCCUUAACUACUGGCAACAGAGAGAAACUCAUAAUUUGUUUUAAAAAGCCUAAUUACAGCUGCCCUGCCUACCCAUGGACCACUGACUUCCCAGCACACUCUUAAGAAUAAUAUACAGAGAGGCACCAUUUUGCUCUGGGUCUUAUGGAAUCCUAGAGCUCUUUAAUCAAUCAUACGUUUUGGUGGUCCUACGGAGAGCUGUGACUAGCAGUGGAGUUCUUGCUUAUUCUAGCUGUGUGCUUUUCACUUUCUGAUCUUUGGACCCAGAGAAUCAUUUGCCAUGGAAUCAUCUGGCUAGUAAGAUACUCUUAUAUGGAUGCAAUACAAAAAGUGGUAAAUUAAAGGAAAGCAGUCAUGUGGUCCUUGCUCUAAAAGGGACAGUAUGUAAAUGUACUACUAUAAUAAGGUAGCUCUGUAGAUGUAAUAAGCUACUCAUAAAUUACUUGGGUUUAAGAAAACUUAAGACUAUGUUAAACUGAGCAACAUCUCCAUCUUGAAUGAGAAUAAUUAGUAACUAGGAUGACCACACAUUCUCCUAACAUGGGCAACAGUCUAAUUGUUAUUGCAUUUCUGACCUGAUUCUUUUAAAGGGGCAUAUAUUCCCAAUGGAUACCAUUUAGAAUGUAUGUUUCUUGGAUGACUUAAUCUGAAGCCAUAUAUAUCCAAAGUAGUGAGACAGUAUAUCCUUGACUAAGUUACCAGGCUGUGUUCCCUGCUUAUAAAAUGAUUUUUUUAAAAGCCUUACUUUACAGUCCUAUUCCAAAAAUCUUUCUGUGAAAAAAUUGUGAGGCCUAUGAAGCACCAUGAAUAUAAUCAUGUUAGAAUAUAAUAAUUCUUGAAUAUAUUUCCUUUAAAAGAAGAGAAUAUCAAACUGACAUCACUACACCAAAUCUAAACCCACUUGAAGACCAAUAGCUAUUACAGUUGUGCUACAGAAUAGGUCAAAGUCACCAUUAGAAAUAUUACACUUUAUUGAAUUCUGGAGCAGCUAAUCUACCCUCCCCUAUUGACCAAUGACAAGAAUGGAAGCAAAUAUAUGAUGGUUAAAGUAAGAGUCUAUAACCACUGUUUAAAAUGUUGAAACAACUUUCACUGUACUGGUGAAACAGUUUUAAUACCCUAACAUACACAGUAAUAAUUCAUUCUUGUUUAAAACAAGAAGUGAUUUCAACUUGGGAUUGGGAUUUUUAUUUAUUUUUUUGAGAUGGAGUUUCGCUCUUGUUGCCCAGGCUGGAGUACAAUGGUGUGAUCUUGGCUCACCGCAACCUCCGCCUCCUGGGUUCGAGUGAUUCUCCUGCCUCAGCCACCUGAGUAGCUGGGAUUACAGGCACGCGCCACCAUGCCCGGCUAAUUUUGUAUUUUUAGUAGCGAUGGGGUUUCUCCAUGUUGGUCAGGCUGGUCUCAAACUCCCAACCUCAGGUGAUCUGCCCGCCUCGGCCUCCCGAAGUGCUGGGAUUACAGGCGUGAGCCACCGCGCCCGGCCUCAACUUGGGAUUCUGAAGUGAAUUUAUUCACGCUGAUUGUGCCCUCUACUUUAGUAAGGUUCUGGCUUACAGAGCCCUCUUCCCAUCCUCUGAUGUUCAACUUUAAUAUACAGCAAUCAACUCUAGAGGAUAAAGAAAUCUGGAUUUGGGUAGCAUGAGCCACAGUUAGUUAUAUAGCCCACACUAAUGAAUGUUCUGUAGUAUAAAAAGGGAGUUCUUCUCUUUUCUGGGGGCUUGUUCCUUUGUCCGCUUGCAGCUAAAUUCUUUCUAUAGAUUUAGCACAGAUAAGAAAAAGGUUGUUUUUGGAUAACAAAUAAUAAGCAUUUGUGCUAUUAAACAAAAAACAAAAAA